AUGAAUCUCUUCCUGUGGAAACCAAUCUCCCACUGCGCGUCCCUGAUGCUGAUCAAGAAGAGCCGGUGGAAGGACGACGGUCCUGAUCCCUUCGAGGACUCCGGCCGGAAGCCCUCCUCGGCCAUCCGGCAGCUCCAGGAGAACAAGCUCCGGGAAGCCCUCGAGGAGGCCUCUGAGGACGGAUCCCUCUUCAAGUCCCAGGCCAUGGACGACGGCGGCGACCUCGAUUCCGCCACCAACGCCGGCGGCGGCGACGCGGGCGACCUGACCGGCCGCUCCCGGUCGCUGGCCCGCCUCCACGCCCAGCGGGAUUUCCUCUGCGCCACCGCUCUUGCCGCCGAGCGCACCUUCCAGAGCAUCGACUCCAUUCCCGACCUCCGAGAGGCCUUCUCCAAGUUCCUCACCAUGUACCCCAAGUACCAGUCCUCGGAGAGGAUCGACCGGCUGAGGACCGACGAGUACCCCCACCUCUGUGAUCCAGUCGCCGCCAAGGUCUGCCUCGACUACUGCGGUUUCGGGCUCUUCUCCUACCUCCAGAGCUUCCAGGGCUGGGAGCCCUCCUCCGCCUUCAACCUGUCGGAGAUCAGCUCCGCGAACCUCUACAACCACGCGCUCUACGGCGGCGCCGACAGCGGCACUGCCGAGCACGACAUCAAGACCCGGAUCAUGGACUAUCUGAACAUCCCGGAGAACGAGUACGGCCUGGUUUUCACCGUCAGCAGGGGGUCCGCCUUCAAGCUCCUCGCAGAGUCGUACCCUUUCCAGAGCAACAGGAAGCUGCUCACCAUGUUCGACCACGAGAGCCAGUCGGUGAACUGGAUGGCCCAGCGGGCGAAGGAGAAGGGGGCCAAGGUCUCCAGCGCCUGGUUCAGGUGGCCCACGCUGAAGCUCUGCUCCAUGGAGCUCCGGAAGCAGAUCGCCAGGGGCAAGAAGAAGAGGCGGAAGAGAGACUCCGCCGUGGGCCUUUUCGUCUUCCCUGUGCAGUCGAGGGUCACCGGGGCCAAGUACUCGUACCAGUGGAUGGCCAUGGCACAGCAGAACAACUGGCACGUUCUGCUGGAUGCUGGAGCUCUGGGGCCCAAGGACAUGGACUCACUGGGCCUCUCCCUCUUCCGGCCGGACUUCAUCAUCACCUCCUUCUACCGGGUCUUCGGCGCCGACCCCACCGGCUUCGGGUGCCUUCUCAUCAAGAAGUCCGCCAUGGGGAGCUUACAGAACCAGAGCGGCACCACCGGUACCGGCAUGGUGAGGAUCGUCCCCGUCUUCCCCCAGUACCUCAGCGACUCCGUGGACGGCCUGGAGGAGCCCGCCGGCGGCGGCGCAGAGGAGGAGGAGGAGGAGGAGGAGGAGAAGAAUGACCGGGCGGCGGCGGGGACGGCGGCGGCGGCGGCGGCGGCGGCGGCGGCGGAGGGUCGACGGGCUCCGCAGCUGCCGGCGUUCUCUGGCGCGUUCACCUCCGCGCAGGUGAGGGACGUCUUCGAGAGCGAGAUGGCGGAGGAGCAGGACAACGGGUCGUCGGACAGGGACGGGGGGAGCAACGCCGCCGUGGAGGAGGCGGAGAGCGCCUCCGUGGGGGACGUGAUGAAGAGCCCCGUGUUCAGCGAGGACGACGACUCCUCCGACCACUCCUUCUGGAUCGACCUGGGCCAGAGCCCGCAGGGCUCCGACCACUCGGGGCAGCUGAAGCGCGGGAAGCUCGGCUCCCCCCUCCCGCUCUCUUGGUUCACGGCCGCCGCCCGGAAAAAUCACCAGAGAUCGUCGUCUCCGAAGCUCCCGACAGAAGAUGCCACGGCGGCGCCGCCCAGGAGCUCGCCGCUUUACGACGACGACGACGCUGCUGCGCUGUCGUUCGACGCCGCUGUUCUCUCUGUCUCGCAGGGUCUCGACCGCGUCAAAGAGUCGGAGAUCCGCGAGGAGGAAGAGGACGACGGUGGCGGCGGGUAUCGCAGUGCGGCGGCGAAUGGGGGGGGGAAGCACUCGGUGCCUCUGGAGAACGGCGCUAAGGCCAAGGAGAGCGCCAUAAGACGGGAGACGGAGGGGGAGUUCAGACUGCUGGACAGAAGAGAAAUGAACAGCCGAUUCACCGGCGGGAGGUUCUUCGGCGUCCAGGAGGAGGAGGAGGAGGACGACGACGAGGCCUCCUCGAGCAUGGGCCAGCGGGUUUCGUUCAGCGCCGGAGACGACGACAGGGGGGCGGGGAGUCGCCAUGCCGGCGGCGAUGCUGCGGGGCCGGAGGACGAGGAGGAAGAAGACGGCGAGGAGUGGGAAGAGGAUCGGAGGGAUCCGGAGAUAGUCUGCCGGCAUCUGGACCACGUCAACAUGAUGGGCCUCAACAAGACCACCUCGAGGCUGCGGUUCCUCGUCAACUGGCUCGUCACCUCCCUGCUGCAGCUGAGGCUGCCGGACCCGGACAGGGAGGACGGGGCGGCGGCGGCGGCGCCACCGCCGCCGCCGCCGAUGGUCCUCAUCUACGGCCCCAAGAUCAAGUACGAGCGCGGGGCGGCGGUGGCGUUCAACGUGAGGGACCGCCGGAAUGGAUCGCUAGUCUCCCCGGAGGUGGUACAGCGGCUGGCGGAGAGGAGCGGUAUCUCCCUGGCGGUCGGCUUCCUCAGCCACAUACGGGCGGCGGAGGGGGGCGGCGGCCUGAAGCAGCCCCCCGAUCUGAGCGACUCGACUGCCCUCCGCCGGCCGGCGGGGAACGGGAAGAAGAGCGCCGCCGCCGCCGCUGCCGCGGCCGUGAGGAUCGAGGUGGUGACCGCCUCGCUAGGAUUCCUCACCAAUUUUGAAGAUGUGUACAGGUUGUGGGCUUUUGUGGCCCGGUUUCUGGACCCCUCCUUCGUCGAAGGCGGCGUAUUGUCGACCGUGGAGGAGGGCUUGGAGACGACUUGA